AGUCAAGGGAUCGCAAAAAAUUUCCCGGAAGCAAAAAAAUGUCUGAAUCUUGUUUGAAGAAGGACUUCAUCACGGUUUUUUACAGCGGUGGAAGUAAACCCUUGGAAAAUUGGUCAGUGAGCAAACUUCAGACGGGGCACGGAAAAAUACGCACAGAUGAGGAAAUUAGGGGAUUUGUGCUGGAACUCAUUAGCACAAAUGUAGCCACAGCUUUCAUCCAGACUCCUCUGACUCCAUUGGACUCCUUGAAGAUUAAAUGGCCCUUUGUUACCCUACAACUCAAGAAUCUCAAAAGAUAUUUCGCCUUCGAAAUUCAGGUCCUCGACGACCAGGGGAUCAAGCGAAGACUCCGUUUUGCCAAUUACCAGAAGAAGCCCAAAGUCGGCAUCUUCUGCACUCAAAUGCCACUAUACCUUAAUCCCGGAUGGAACCAGAUCCAGCUGAAUCUGCCAGAGUACAUGCGCAGGGCUUACGGGACGAACUACGUGGAGACCGUAGGGAUGGUUGUCCAUGCAAACACCCGACUCCGGAGGAUCUAUUUCACCCGAAAGCUCUAUCCCGAAGAAGAGAAGCCCUCCUGUUUCCGGGUACGCAUUUUCCCGCCAAAACACAAGGACACUUUAAGUAAAAAUCAUUCGGAUAACAAAACCAAGGAGCAUCCCUCAAGCCCGAGAUCUGAUAAAUCUUAAAAUUCUAGAUUUUUUUUUGGAAAUUGAGCUCAAGAUUGGGAGAUUAAUCUAUAAAUUAUUCAUUUUUUGAUUGUGAAAAUGUCAUAAUUCUGGGGAAAAUAAAUGAAGAAAACUGAA